AUGCCUAACACAAUACCCUUAUUUCCACUGUUGCCCGCGAAGGUCAAAACAGCCUGCAUUGCAGGCUCAUGGGAGAAUAAUUGGCAGAUGUCACCUGACAUAGCCUUCCCCGGGGCGAAACGAGAGGACCGAAAGGGGUUACUAUUCUCUGCAGGCCCUGGGCUACAGUUUCUGGGAUCGGACAUACAUGUUUGGCUAAAUAACAAUCUGUCCAACUGCGAAACCCAGCUUGAGAUUCCCAUUACCUACUCUUGUCCUUCAGUCGAAGCAUUUACAAUGUCCUUUGACUCAGCCAUUCGGCCAUUUAAUGUCUCCGAUCCUAAUGCUCGCUUCCUGGGCGCCUCCUGCCUCGACUUCCUUAUCAUAGAGCUCGUACCCAUGGCAGAGCGCCUGGCGAAGGAGCUUUCGACGGAUGGCAAGCAGCCAGAUAAUGAAGAGGCUAGGGAAGCGGCCUUCUUCCGUCUCGAAUCCCUGGGCUACAGAGUCGGACAGGGACUUGCAGAAAGGUUCUCUCGAGACCGUCCUCGCUUUACAGACAACCUCGACGUUAUCAAGUUUCUAUGCAAGGACCUCUGGACAACUCUCUUUAGGAAACAAGUGGAUAAUUUAAAAACAAACCAUAGGGGAGUCUAUGUGUUGACUGAUAAUACCUUUCGACCACUUACGAGAAUGAGCACAUCCGUACGAAGCGAAGCAAUUGUGAGGGCCCAAGCGUAUUUGUGGUUUCCAUGUGGUGUGAUUCGCGGUGCUCUGGCAGAUAUGGGUAUCAACACCACAGUGCAAGCGGAGACUGCAGAACUCCCUGGGGCGACAUUCCAAAUUAAAACGAUCCAGCCUAAGCCCUGA